AUACGGUAUCUAUAUACAGAGAUAGUUACCGACUCGUGGCUCAGAUUCCAGUAACAUCUUGACCAUGGCAGGUGCUGUACACGUCUUGCUGGCUCUCCUGGUGGCCACAGCUGCCGCUCAGGAACCCGUGAAGGUGUCAGUGUUCUUCGAGACUCUGUGUCCGGAUAGUAUCGCCUUCUUCAACUCCCAGCUGGAGCCGGCAUGGAACACCAUCAGAGACAUCAUGGAAGUUGACCUCACCGCGUACGGAUUUGCUACAGCGACUCCCUCUGGCGACGGCUACGUCUUCGACUGUCAACACGGAGAUGACGAGUGUCAGGGCAACAAGGUCGAAGCUUGUGCCAAGGCCUAUAUUUCAGACUACGAGACAUACGUUGACUUCAGCAUCUGUCUUAUGACGGGGGAAUAUCCACCCACUGAAGGGGAAACGUGCGCCGAGAAGGUCGGGGUGGAGUGGGCGGCCAUCGGCGAGUGUGCGCAGUCGACGGAGGGGGAGACGCUGCUCUAUCUUCAGGGUCAGGAGCAGGAUGCUCUUCAACCCGCUCCGGACUGGAUCCCCUGGAUCAUCAUCAAUGAUGUGUAUACCGCGGACAACCUGGUCGAGGCCCAGUUAGACCUGAUAGGCCUCGUGUGCAGGACCUACGAGGGAACCCCACCUGCAGGCUGUAGUUAAUGCUUGGAAAUGCUGCAAAAGUACCAACUACGCUCCAAGAUACCUUAGCUAAUGUAACUAAUGCUCCAGAGUGCUACAAUCAGUGUUACUAAUACUCCAGGAUCCCCCUGGAUGAUGGAUACAAUCACCGCAAUAUUCCUGGAGCAUGGAUACAAUCACCAGGAUACCCUUGGAGCAUGGAUACAAUCACCAGGAUACCCUUGGAGCAUGGAUACAAUCACCAGGAUACCCUUGGAGCAUGGAUACAAUCACCAGGAUACACUUGGAGCAUGGAUACAAUCACCAGGAUACCCUUGGAGCAUGGAUACAAUCACCAGGAUACCCAUGGAGCAUGGAUUCAAUCACCAGGAUACCCAUGGAUACAAUCACCAGGAUACCCAUGGGGCAUGGAUACAAUCACCAGGAUACCCAUGGAGCAUGGAUACAAUCACCAGGAUACCCUUGGAGCAUAGAUACAAUCACCAGGAUACCCAUGGAGCAUGGAUACAAUCACCAGGAUACCCUUGGAGCAUAGAUACAAUCACCAGGAUACCCUUGGAGCAUAGAUACAAUCACCAGGAUACCCAUGGAGCAUGGAUACACUCACCAGGAUACCCAUGGAGCAUGAAUACAAUCACCAGGAUACCCUUGGAGCAUAGAUACAAUCACCAGGAUACCCUUGGAGCAUAGAUACAAUCACCAGGAUACCCUUGGAGCAUAGAUACAAUCACCAGGAUACCCUUGGAGCAUGGAUACACUCCCCAGGAUACCCUUGGAGCAUAGAUACAAUCACCAGGAUGAUCUUGGAUCACGUUGUUUUGGUAUUUUUUGCUGACAUGUUAAUUUGCUUCAUAUAUAUUUUGUUGUAAUAUUAAUAAAUUACAAAUAUG